AUGCGGGAGGCCUCGACGUUGUUGAGUUUAGUCGGAGCCCUCCAGCAACAGCAGCAACCUCAGCAGCAGCCGCAGUUGGCUACGUUAGGUCAGCUCACGCAGGGACUGGGUGCUCAGACUCUUAACCCUGCAAAUUCUCUAGCAGCAUUAGGAUUGGGAGGACUUGCAGGACUGGGACAACCACAACAACAGGCGGCAGUGCAACAACAACCAAAUUUGGCAACAAUGCUCUCUUCACUCUUGAGCGCGCAGCAAUCGCAAACCCAGGGCCAACAAGCCACACAGCUGCAGCAGGUACCUCAGUCACAACUUCAACAACGGACGCAACUUGGCGGCUUGCAGAACCCCAUGCAAGCAUCCAUCCAACCACUGGUUUCAAGUGCAUUGGCAACUCAGUUUGGGGCGCUAUCCGGUUCAUCGACCACCGGAUCCCUUCCAGCCGCUUUAGCGAAUUUGCAGCGAAUGGGCGUUACACAGCAACCACUGGCAAACCCUGCAGUUGGAUCUACGGCGCCGACAUCUGGGACAGAGUCUGUGGCGGACAUAUUGAAUAGGUUGAAGCAGUUGCAACAAUUACAUCCGGGGACAAGCAAUCCCCAGUCCGGGGCCGCUGGGAGAGGAUAG